AUGUUGCGGCGGGCGCCCGUGCGCCUCUUCUCGCGCGACACGCUCCAUGGGCACACGAAGCAGUGGCUGCAGAGGCAGUCGAAGGACAGGUGGGUGGCGAGGGCCCACGAGCAGGAGUACAGGUCCAGGUCGGCCUACAAGCUGAAGCAGCUGGACACCAAGUUCUCGUUCCUGAAGAAGAACGGUGUCAUCUCGAAUGACCUCGGCUGCUUUGCUGGGGGCUGGUCGCAGGUGGCGCUGCAGCGCACGGGCGUCGGCCAGGGGCGGGGCACGGGCGCGGUGAUAGGCGUGGACAAAGUCAGGAUGGAGCCGCUGGGGCAGCACCAGUUCGUGCUUGGCGACGUGACCGAGCCAGCCACCUUGAAGCAGGUACAAAGCCCCUGUGCAAGGGAAGCGCGCCGACGUGGUGCUGUCCGACAUGGCCCCCAAGAUGUCCGGGCGCAAGACGGAUGA